AUGGACGCCGUUGAUCUGAUUCCGUUGCUCGAGCAGCUGGAUGACAAUGUGGACGACUUGGAAGAGGCUCUGAAACCCAUCUUGAGCAAUUCAGUUCUCGAGACCUCAAAGAAACUUCCAGUCCUAGACAAGGCGAAAUUCCACGUUCUUGUAACCUACACUCUGGAAUCUCUCAUCUUCUCUUAUCUGCGUCUCCAUGGCGUGAAUGCAAAGGAGCACCCUAUCUUCCGCGAAAUCACCCGGGUGAGGCAGUAUUUUGCAAAGAUAAAGGCGCUGGAGACAGAGCCGGAGCAAAGGACUAUGACUUUAGAUAAGGAGGCAGCUGGUCGCUUUAUCAAACAUGGGCUUGCCGGAAAUGAGAAGUUUGAUAUACAACGCAAAGAACAGGAAGCCAAGGAAAAAGCGCGUGCCCAGCUCAAGGCGGCAUUGUUAGCCAAGAAAGGCGCGAAAUCCGAGACCUCGUCCAAGAACGCUACAAGUAAUUCAAACUCAGAAUCAGACCAAGACGGCAGUGACUCUGAUAAUGAAGACGCUAUGGCUGUGGAGCCAACACAGCCGUCCGAAUCUCCCGAAACAACCCAUGCAGAAGAUACCAAAGAAGGAAAGAAGUCGAAGAAAGACAAAAGUAAGCAGGAAAUUUCCAAGGCCACCAGGAAGCGCAGGAAGCGAAGCAAAGAGGACCAAGAUGAGAGAAAGAAGGAGAGACGGCAGAAGAAGUUGGAAGUUCGGAAGACGAAGAAGACAAAAUGA